UCGUUUUGCCGCAUUUCAUUCUUGUCCCAAUAAACCCAAAUAUAAUACCAUUUUUUUCCAAAAGUGCGAUGGCUACUUUAAGAUCAAUGCCCUGGAAUCAAACUUGCCGCGGCCAUGACCACACUUGGCCUUCAUGUCCCUGUGAAGUACCCAAAAAUUUCAGUUACGCGUUCGGUUUGAUGAAGGCGAAAAGUCGUUGGAGAGUUGGGGGUGUUGCGUUGGCUCCUAAAUGGCAGCUGCUGGAAAUGGGAAUUAAAAGAAAGGGAAUUAGGGUAACGGUGGCGAAAGGGUACGAUGGUCGUGACCCUGCAGCGGGUGUCAAUAUUCCGGCGGAGGAAGAUGAGAAGUUUGUGGAGGUUCUUCGGGAAGUUCAACCUUACAUUUUCUUACACAGAAGCACUACAUUUGUUGUGGUCAUAGCUUGUGAGAUUGUUGCUAGUCCUUUCUUCUUGGAUGCCAUACUUCAGGAUAUAGCAUUUCUUCAUCACCUGGGGAUCAGGUUUGUUCUUGUUCCGGGAACCCAAGUGCAAAUUGAUGAACUUUUGGCACAGAGAGGAAAGAAGCCAAAGUUUGUUGGUCAGUACAGGGUAACUGACUCAGAUUCUCUAGAUGCUGCAAGGCAAGCAGCUGGGGCGAUAUCUAAGACAAUAGAGGCAAAGCUUUCUCCAGGACCUUCCAUAUGCAAUAUUCGUCGACAUGGUGACAAUAGUCGUUUGCAUGAAGUUGGUGUCAGCGUCGAGAGUGGUAACUUUCUUGCAGCCAAGAGAAGAGGAGUUGUUGCUGGUGUAGAUUAUGGGGCAACAGGUGAAGUCAAGAAAGUAGAUGUUUCUCGCAUGCGUAAGAGGCUUGAUGAUGAUUGUAUUGUGAUACUGAGCAACCUGGGUUAUUCCAGCUCUGGAGAAACUUUAAAUUGCAACACGUACGAAGUUGCAACGGCUUGUGCCUUGGCUAUCGAAGCAGAUAAACUUAUCUGCAUAAUAGAUGGUCCAAUUCUUGACGAGAGUGGACGCCUUGUUCGCUUCUUGACUCUUGAAGAAGCAGACAUGUUGAUUCGUAAGCGGGCUCAGCAGAGUGAGGUAGCUGCUAGCUAUGUGAAAGCUGUUGAUGAAGAAAAUCUGUCUGGCUUUGGAUAUGGUGAUCCCAAUGCUACUUACCGGAAUGGGAAGGCUCUUAAGGAAAAUUAUACCGCAUGGUUUCACAAUGGUGUUGGUUUUGAAAAUGGGAAUGGAUUGUGGACUGGUGAACAAGGUUUUGCUAUUGGAGGUCAUGAACGGCAAAGUCGAUUAAAUGGUUACCUUUCCGAAUUGGCUGCUGCAGCCUUCGUUUGCAGGGGAGGUGUUCAAAGAGUACAUCUGUUGGAUGGAACUAAAGGGGGAGUUUUAUUGUUGGAAUUGUUUAAAAGAGAUGGAAUGGGGACAAUGGUGGCUAGUGACCUAUAUGAAGGAACCCGGAUGGCUAGGGCAUCUGACUUCUCUGGAAUAAGACAAAUUAUACAGCCUUUAGAAGCAUCUGGCACAUUGGUUCCAAGAAGUGACAAACAGCUACGUGAAGAAUUGGAUUGCUUCAUUGUGGUGGAAAGAGAAGGUCAGGUCAUUGCAUGUGCUGCUCUUUUUCCUUUCCCAGAGGAGAAAUGUGCAGAGGUUGCUGCUAUUGCAGUUUCUCCUGAUUGCCGUGGUCAAGGGCAGGGUGAUAAAUUACUUGAUUACAUUGAGAAGAAGGCAUCUUCGCUCGGAUUGGAGAAGCUUUUCUUGCUUACAACCCGUACUGCAGACUGGUUUGUGAGACGCGGUUUUUCACAAUGUUCGAUUGAAUCAAUACCAGAGAGGCGGCGGACAAAGAUCAAUCUGUCGCGUAAAUCCAAGUAUUAUACUAAGCAGUUAUUACCAGAUGCUAGCGGAAUUACUGUUAACAGGGACUUCACUUGAGGUUAAAAAUGUUGCCGGCAAAUUCUCUGUUCACCGGGUUUAGCAGCCAAAUCAUGGCGGAUAAAACUUCAACAGUUCUCAACCUGGUUCAGGAUUAUCUAAGUGCAAAUCUAUCAGCGUGUUUGAAUUAUGAGUUAUGUAUCUAAAUCGACGAUCGCUUCGUCACACCGACGGAAUAGCAAAUUUUCUUAAUAAAUGAUGGGCGAAUUUGGUGUUA